AUGAUAUAUCGUGCUGUUGAUUAUCUCCCUCGUUCUUUUGGCUCUGCCCGCAUUAAUACAGCUACUGCUAUGGCGUUGCCACUGCAGGCUGCAGUGUUUGUCCCUCCCUCCUCCAGCUUCGUGCUUCCUCUUUGUGUCAAAGAAAUGAUGGUGGCCGACGUUUUUCAGUAUGAUUCCCGGCUCAAUUUCGUCCAUUGGAAGGAUACUUGCGACCCCUCUCUGCUCACCUGGAAAAGAACUCCCUCCAAAGUGUUCAAAGGCCUAGCGACAGGGAAAUUACAGCUUCAACCUUACUUCGAGCCAGUCUGUAGCCCAGCUCCUUUAGAGGAUUCAGUCGUCUCAUUUGCUCCUUUGAUUGAGCAGUUUCGUCUCCUUGAUGAUCUACCUCUUGGUAAUGUUCAGGCCUCGGCUAAGGCAUUUCGUCGGGCUGUCCUUUCGUCUGUGGUCUCUCCUUUGGCAUUGCGCAAAAUCUCUGCGUCCAGCUGGAAAUUUUUUUGGUCCCUGUCUCUUAACACUGUCCAACGUAAUGUGAUAUACCGUCUCAUUCUGGGUCGAAUUCCUCACCGUCGAUUCUUGCAUUUUAUUAUACCCAAAGUCUUUGUGUCUCCUCUCUGUCCAGUUUGUUUGUCUAUGAACGAUUCCCCAAGUCACCUCCUCUUUCAUUGUCCUUCUAAAGAGAAAGUUUGGCAGGGAGUCAUCUUCGAGUUUCUGUGGCCUACCACCUCGAUUCUAGAUAUUAAAGAGGCUCUUCUGCACCUUGAUUUCUCCAACGUUUGGUAUUGCCAAAUUGCUGGAAUCAAGCCUUUCCGAAUCCUCAUCGUCACCCUUGGUCAACUGUGGCUUGCCCACAUGAGGUUCAUCUAUGACAAUGUUCCUAUGGACCAUACAGCGAUAUUGGCCAGUAUUUGA